GCGCACCCCUCGAUCGCGUGGUGUUCUUCCAUAUUGCUGCUGUUACUGGUGAUUAGCGAAAAAGGAUUCAAAGAGGUGUCGGAGGCGCUUUCUUUAUAUGUUUAGUUCAGUCUGACCACUCUGCGUCUUAGACUGAAGUGUAUUUGGUCUAGGGGUGGAGUGGACGGAGGGGGGAGAAAAACAGCUGAAUCGCGGAGUACACAUUUGUAUUCUUGAGUUGAAGGCGAAUUUGGGAAACGGGGGAAAAGGAGAAAUGGCCACUCAGGUGGAGACUCUCCUGCCUAACAACCCUCUAUUAAAGCAAGACGAGCAUGGGCACGCCGGCAGCACCAAACGCGACGAGGGCUGCCUGGAGCAGGGGGCCAACCAGGCAGCCGCCGGGGCCGGGGGAGACAACGCGAAGGGGGGCGAGUCCGAGCAGGGAGGGCUAGCCGAGCAGGGCAGGCGACAGGCGAAGGACGGCGGUAGCACCCAAGACAAGGAGAGCUGCGAUAAGGAGGCCGCUAACUCCAAAGACAACGGCAGUCAGGGAGAAGGAGGCACCAGGAAGGAGUUUACCGAGGCUCCCCCGCCCAAGGUGAACCCGUGGACUAAGAAAAUGACCGUGGUCAGCGUGAACGGACAGGCGCAUCCCGAGCAAUCGGGCCCAACCAAGGUGGUGAGAGCGGGCAAUCCCCGUCCUCGGAGAGGAGCGAAGGUUGGAGACUUCGGCGACGCAAACAAUUGGCCCACCCCGGGAGAGAUCGCCACCAAGGACCAGCAGGCACCCAAGAAAAUGGUCGUCAAGAAGGAGUCGAAGGAGAAGCGAGAGAGUGAGGAGUGCAAGGAGAACCAGAAGGCAAAAUCCGACGACUCCGGAGAAGAGAAGAAUGGAGACGAGGACUCUCAGAAGAAUGGGCAGAAGAAGAAAGGAAACAAACACAAGUGGGUGCCGCUGAUGAUCGAGGUGAAGUCGGAGGGCCCCAGGGAGCGCUCGGCGUCUCGGAACAACACGCGGCAGAACGAGGUCCCCCGGGUGCCCCCCAGCAGCCGGAACGACCUGAAAGACUGGAACAGCGGCCGGUACGAGCGGGAGUGGCGGGACGACCACGACGAGGUGUCCAGCGUGAAGAGCGAGGGCGCCCCCUUUCGGGGUGGCUACAGGGGCCGCGGCCGGGGCCGAGGGAGGGGCCGGGGUCGAGGCAGGGGCGCUGGGCGAGGACAUUACGAUUACCACUAUGGCUACAAGGCCUACGACCCUAAGGACGGGGCAUACGGUCACAAGUUUGGUACCGUCACGUACUACUACGACAACCUGAGCAGCAACGACCUGUACACCGUCGACCAAGAGCUGCUGAAGGACUACAUCAAGCGCCAAAUCGAGUACUACUUCAGCAUCGACAACUUGGAGCGGGACUUCUUCUUGCGCAGGAAGAUGGACCAGGAGGGCUUCCUGCCCGUGGCCCUGAUCGCCAGCUUCCACCGGGUCCAGGCCCUGUCCACCGACAUCAAUCUCAUACUGGAGGCGCUGAAGGACAGCAAGGAGGUGGAGCUGAUCGACCAGAAGAUCCGCAGGAAGGUGGACCCCGAGAAGUGGCCUCUGCCUGGCCUGGCCAUGCCCGAUCACUCACAGACCGACUUCUCGCAGCUCGUUCACUGCCCCGAGUUUGUGCCCCGGCAGGCUUCGGAGAAGCAGUCAGGGUCAGCCCCGGGUUCCCCGAGGUCCUCCACGCCCAUGCAGACCAAGGCAGAAGAUGUCACCAAUCUUAAGACGAUGCCCAAGGGGCUCUCUGCCAGCCUGCCGGACCUUGACUCUGAAUCCUGGAUUGAGGUGAAAAAGAGGUCCAGGCAGUCACCCUCCAGGUCAAAGAAGACGGAGGAGGUCCGCUCGCCGGUGCAGCCGGGCCCCCCCGCGCGAGAGGAGCAGGACGAGCCCGAGGAGCUGGACUUCAUGUUCGACGAGGAGAUGGAGCAGAUUGACGGCCGGCGGAACACGUUCACAGACUGGUCGGACGAGGACUCGGACUGCGAAAUCGAUGACCGCGACGUCAACAAGAUCCUAAUCGUCACGCAGACGCCGCCAUACCUGCGCAAGCACCCUGGGGGCGACCGCACGGGUCACCACACAUCCCGCUCCAAGCUGACCAGCGAGCUGGCCAAAGUCAUCAAUGACGGCCUCUACUACUACGAGCAGGACCUGUGGGAUGACACAUACGAACCGGAGUAUGCCACCAUAAAGCAAGAGGUGGAGAACUUCAAGAAGGUUCACCUCAUCAGUCGAGAGCAGUUCGACUGCCUCACCCCCGAACCCCCCGUCGAUCCCAAUCAGGAAGUUCCACCCGGCCCCCCACGACCCCAGCAGAUCCCUACAGACGCAUUAGCCAAUAAGCUGUUCGGCGCCCCUGAGCCGUCGGCAGUUGCCCGCUCCCUACCCACCACCGUGCCCGACUCGCCCAACUACCGUAGUGCCCGAACCCCGCGGACGCCCCGCACGCCGAGGCUAAAAGACCCCACGCAGACGCCCCGCUUCUACCCCGUGGUGAAGGAGGGCCGACCUGUCGACGCCAAGACCCCCCGCAAGAGGAAGACCCGACAUAGUUCGAACCCCCCCAUGGAGUGCCAUGUGGGCUGGGUGAUGGACUCCCGCGAGCAUCGCUCCCGUACCGCCUCCGUCAGUUCCAACGCCAGCCCCUCAGAAGGCACCCCGGCUCUGGGCAACUUCGGCUGCACGCCUCAGUCCCUGCCCAAGUUCCAGCACCCUUCGCACGAGCUGCUCAAGGAAAAUGGCUUCACGCAGCAUGUUUACCACAAGUACCGCCGGCGUUGCCUGAACGAACGCAAGCGGCUGGGUAUCGGGCAGUCGCAGGAGAUGAACACGCUCUUCCGCUUCUGGUCCUUCUUCCUGCGGGACCACUUCAACAGGAAGAUGUACGAAGAGUUCAGGCAGCUGGCGGUGGAGGACGGAAAGGAGGGAUACAGGUACGGCCUGGAGUGCCUCUUCAGGUAUUACAGCUACGGCCUUGAGAGGAAGUUCAGACCGGACAUAUUCAAAGACUUUCAGGAGGAGACCGUCAAGGACUACGAAGCUGGCCAACUAUACGGGCUCGAAAAGUUCUGGGCCUUCCUGAAAUAUUCCAAAGCGAAAACCUUGGAAAUCGACCCAAAGCUACAAGAGUACCUGAGCAAGUUCAGACGCCUCGAGGACUUCAGAGUCGACCCCCCGAUCGAGGAAGGCGGCAGGAAGAGGCACGCGUCGAGUAGAGAAUCCCAGGGCCGACAUCGGCACUCAUCGCAGACCGGCGGCCAGUCCAGCGCAAGCCCCGCCCAGCCCCAGCAGGGGGCGCCGAGCGACGAUGCCAAACCCCCGAGCCAGCGCGCCGCGCCGUCGGACGCCAAGCCACCAAAGUAGCCUUGGCGGGACCGCUAGCUGUUUAACUUAACGCCGUUAUACGCCACCACCACCACCCCGAUUGUUUUCGUUUCUCGCCACAAGGAGAUCUGGAAAUUGACGUGAGCACGACGGAGAAGAUUUUAAGGAGUGGCCUGUGACUAUGGGGCUGACUUUUACGCGUUAUCCUUUCGCCCGUUUUUGUUUUGGAUUUUAAUCCAGAUUAGACCCGAGGGACUGCUAGGAGAGAGCUUUUAGCUGUUUUCAGUUUAAAAGGAAACACGUUUUAUUCACCCACAGGACGGCUGCGGAUUUCAGCGCCAAACGUCUUGUGGGGGGUUUUUUUUUCGUCCCCGUUUUUUUUUAAUUUCUAUUUAAUUUUUACCUUCAGCUUCUCCAACUGACACCGUAACUCUGGCUCGAAGAUGUCACGCAAUUCCUUACUACGCAUUUGGAAUUUAAUUAUUUACCUUUAUUUUAUUUUUUUUUAUUUUUAAUUCUCUUUUUUUUUCUUCUUCUUUGGGUGGAGCGGUAUUCUGGAGACUUGUGCUUUUGACCGUUAAUUACUUGACUGGGUUUGAGGGCUGGGGAAAAAAGAUGAGGAGGAACAGAACUUAAAAAAAAAUAAUAAAAAACCAAAAGGGGGGAGAUGGGGGGGGGGGGGGGGGGGAGAAACGGACGUUGUGCUGAUCCCUUGUGAUGCGCUGGACCUCUUACAGUUGCCUUAUUUUAAUGGGGUUUCCCCUCCCCCCUCGUUGCUUGUACCCCACCUUCCCUCACGCUAGUCGAUUGUACAUCAUCCUGACUGCGUUAGAAUAACGCGUCAUGGCCGCACGGCCCCCCCCCCCCCCCCCCCCCCCCCCCCCCCCCGUCCUUUCUACCUUUUUGAUGGUCUUCCACAGUGUCUGUUACAGCUGCUCCCCCCCCCCCCACUACGUAUCGUGUUUGCAGUUUGUGGCUAAUUUUGUGCUCAAGCUUCACCGGGGGGAGGGCUAAUCAGCUUUCUGCAGCCCGCACUGCCCCGGCCC